GAGAGCCUGUACUUUGUGGGCGGCUUCGGCGGCCAGCACUAUAUUGGGCCGGUGAGCCGGGAGCUGUAUCUCAGCGCACGACCCUAACUGUAGCACCCAGUUGCCUGCUCUACUGUUCCAGAAAGCCUCGACCCAUGAUGAGGAAAAUCAACUGCUAUAUUCUCAAGGCGUGGCACCACAGGCAGCCAUCACCAGUGGCGCUUAUCGACAGCCUCUCACGUCCGCCAUAUUUUGUUGUAUUCUAAGAAAACCACACCAAUUAUCCUUUUGCAUUGCUGAAAUGGCCUCGCUGGCAGACGACAUCCACCAGCUGUCGUCAUACGAAUUGGUGACGCGCGGCCUGGAGACUGCCCUGCAGUACGACAAUUUGAGCGAUGCCGAGAAGAGCCGCGCCCGCAAGCAGCGUGUGCGGCGGCACCGCCUCCGCACCUCCCGAUGGCGCACCUGCGUCAAGGGCCUGCGCAACCUGGACAUGUUCUGGGUCCUCACGGUGCUCUCGACCACCACCUUUGUGCUCAUCGCCCUGACGCUCCUCUACUACCGGCACACAUACCAGCAGUUCCUGCACCGGUUCUCUGCCGAGGAACUGCGCAGCCGUGUGAACCACCUGGGCUUCGACCAUAUUUACAUCCUGGAGCGGCCGGUGCACAGCGACGCCGAGGCACACCGCGCGCGGUGGUCAGCAGUGGGCAGGCAGCUGGGAAUCGAGUACGAGUCGUGGCCAGUGCAGGCGCCGAACGCAGUGGACCCGAUGCAGGUCAUGCUGCAUCAGCGCGAGUGCUGGCGCCCGCACCUGGCCAUAUACAGGGACAUGGAGGACAAGGGCUACAUGGACGCGCUGAUUAUCGAGGAUCAUGUGGUGGCCGGGCCCAGCGUGCAGCUAAGGAUAUACAGCGCGCUAAGGGAGGUGCCGCCCGACUGGGAUGUGCUGCAGCUGGGGCCGGCCCAGAACGGGACAGACUCGGGGCACCACGACGACAUCCCGAUCCACGGCACACAGUUAAAGUACCGGAGAGUCGAUGACGGAUCAUGCAAUAACCUGGCAUACGGCAUUUCAAGGUCUGCAGUCCGCAAGGUGCUGAAGGUGGUGGCGUCGACACAUGCCCACGCCGACUUUGAGCACAAGAUGCUGGAAAUGCUGGACCGCGUCAAGCUGCUGCUGUUCCGUGUGUCGCCCAGCAUCUUUUUGUGGCAGGACGAGAGCAAAGAAAUAUAAAUACAACUACAUUCCCCCUACUACAUCUGCGCAGCCUGCUGCACAGCCGGGUUUUCGGUGGCGUGCGUG